GCAAUACUAUAAUAUACCAAGCACAGAGACUUCCCUGUAGACUCUUCCCUUGUUUUGAAGAAGAAAGUUCAUGGUUGUCUUUUGACCUUGACCAUGUUCAACUUGAAUGUGUUGAAUGACAGGUGAUUUGAAAACCAUGGACGGCAGGCCCUAACCCCACUCAAGUGAAAAAUAAAAAAUUCCUUCAAAAAGAUGUACAAUUGACUUGCAUUAUCCUGGAAACUUAACCAGGAAAAUUGAAACCACCCCAAAACUUUCCCAAUAAACCCUGAAAGUUAUCACCAAUUUUCCUGCACAUUCUCAAAGAAAAAGAAAUGGAGAAUUCAACUCAAGAAUCCCACCUGAGAUCCGACAACUCCAUAACCUACGAAUCACCCUACCCAAUUUACGCUAUGGCUUUUUCUUCCACGCCCUCCGUCGCAAAUCUCAACCACCAACGCAUCGCUCUCGGUAGUUUCAUCGAAGACUACGGUAACAGAGUUGACGUGAUCUCCUUCGACCCGGAAACCCUUUCCAUCAAAACCCAUCCAACCCUUUCUUUCGACCACCCUUACCCACCCACAAAACUCAUGUUCCAACCCAACCGAAAAUCCCCUUCCUCUUCUUUCUCCGAUCUCCUCGCUUCAUCCGGUGACUACCUUCGUCUCUGGGAAGUUCGAGAAUCUUCCAUCGAACCUCUCUCUGUUCUCAACAACAGCAAAACCAGCGAGUUUUGCUCCCCCUUAACUUCCUUCGAUUGGAACGAUGUUGAACCCAAUAGAAUUGGGACCUCUAGCAUCGAUACCACGUGUACCAUUUGGGACAUCGAAAAGGGCGUUGUCGAAACCCAAUUGAUCGCUCACGAUAAAGAGGUUUACGACAUUGCUUGGGGUGAAGCUAGAGUUUUUGCUUCCGUUUCCGCUGAUGGGUCCGUUAGGAUUUUCGACUUAAGAGACAAAGAACAUUCCACGAUUAUUUAUGAAAGUCCUCAGCCGGACACCCCUUUGUUAAGAUUAGCUUGGAACAAGCAAGAUUUGAGGUAUAUGGCUACGAUUCUAAUGGAUAGCAAUAAAGUUGUGAUCUUGGAUAUAAGGUCACCCUCAAUACCGGUGGCUGAGUUGGAGAGGCACCGAGCCAGUGUCAAUGCGAUUGCCUGGGCUCCUCAGAGUUGUAGGCAUAUUUGUUCUGUUGGGGAUGACACGCAGGCGCUAAUUUGGGAGUUGCCUACGGUGGCCGGACCUAAUGGGAUUGACCCUUUGUCUAUGUACUCGGCUGGCUCCGAAAUUAAUCAGUUGCAGUGGUCUGCCGCUCAGCCUGAUUGGAUUUCCAUUGCUUUUUCUAGCAAAAUGCAACUUCUCAAAGUUUGAGGUUCGAGACUGUAUUUCCCUGCUUGAAAUGUAUUAGAGUGCUUAAGCUUGUUGCUCUUAAGUCAAAUUGUAGAACCCGUUUUGUUGAAGCCUUUUAAUUCUGUUAGUACUUAGUACUACCGAUGAAGUCUAUGGUAAAAUUUCUUUAAAUAAUUAGGUCUAUCAUCAAAGAGUAAACAGUGCCAUUAAAGUUUCACUUGUGAAAGGCAUCUUUGAUUAUCAUGUUUAAUAUUUGGAUGCUUGAUCUGCCUUAUGUAGUACAAGUGCACAAAACCCCAUUUUUCCCUCUUGUCAUUAGAAGAUGUAUCCAUUGGUUAUGUACGUAAAUUGUUUUCCAAUAUCCAUUUAAAAGGAAUGAAUCUCGAAAAGAGGUUUUAACAAGAAAAUUGUACUUUAAAUUAAAAAAAAAUCAAGUUCUAAUUGUUU